UAUAUGUAUGAUGCACAACCAAAUGUGUCAAAUAAAUCUAAAACAUGGGCAUCGAAUACGUUUUAAUAUGGUUGUCAUGACACGCUAUUUGGAAUAAACGAAUAGGAAAAUAACCCAAGUUCAACAAUAUUUUAAAUGAUUCCGAAUGACUUGGCUUUGGGACAAAGUAAGGAAGUCUUUCCUGAAUAGAACUUUAACAUUUUCUGUAGUGCCAUGUGUUAGUAGAUCUUCCAUUAGAGAUAAUUUACAUUCAAUAAACAUUGAUUCGUGUGAAGAUGCAGAAGAACAUUGGGACCGACUGAGUCCGUGUCCUUUCUGUGGUCAUGAGGAUAGCCCCGUUUUAACCAGAAACCAACGAUCGUGUAGUGAUCCCACAGUAUCUAGUUAUUCGAGGUUACCACCAAUUGAAAAAUCUAAUCAAUUUCUUACAUAUAGACCAACUAUAACUUCUAUCAACAGUCAAGAUCCGAUUGACCAGAGUUGUAGAAACAUUAAAAUAAAUCUUCAAAUAGAGUCAAAACCUAAAUAUCCAAUUAGACAUGAAACAAGAGAAGAAUUUUUACAAGAGAUACGAAAAGCCCAUAAAAAUGAAAAUUAUAUUAUCAUUCAGCGUUUUUAUAUGAGAUUGUUUGAGUCAUUUAGCGAGAUUUGUGCUCUGUUUAAGAUUAAUCCAAGCCAAUCUGGAGCUAAACUGGAAGAUCCUGAUCUUAAUUUAGAAUUUAUCUACGCUGUAAAUGACGCCCUCAAAGAUUUACCUAGUGGAGUACAAAAAAUAGUUUUAAAGUCAACAAUAAAUGCAUUAUUGGAAAAUAAGAAAAACCUAUAUGAGAAAGAUGAAGUCAGAGCAUUAUUUAUUCUCAUUCAAUGUCCAGUUUUCGGAACUCAAUCAAGUGCACCAAUAUUUGCGCAUUUAUUAAAUUAUAUUGCACAUUUAAGCAAAGAUGAUCAUCAGCUAUUAGUAAAUUGGUUUAGGAUAUUGGAAUUGGAUAGAUUAAGGUCAUUUAUAAGAUGUAUUAUGCAAUUUAUAACUUCACGACAAUUUUCUCCAAAUGACAAAUCUUUACCGCCUUUAGCAAAGACACUUUGGUGGAUUCCAUCAGCGACAAAAAAUUUAGCAUUAAUUAAUGCUGCCAAUAAUCUAGGACCCGAAAUGCUACAUUUUACUGAACUGUAUAAUUCUGCAUUGGAUCACAUUGACUUAAUGCGUGAUUACUAUAAUUGGCAAAGUUUUGAACCAUACGAGUGUUUUUCUUAUUGUCAAUAUCCAUUCAUUUUGAGCAUUGUUGCAAAGAGAAUCAUACUUACUAAAGACUCAGAACAGCAAAUGAUAUUAAAUGCUAGAAAAUCAUUAGUAUCGAAAGUUGCAAGAAGACAGACACCUAAUAUCGAUAUAUUCUUUUUUAAUAUAAACGUCAGACGGUCACAUUUGGUACAAGACUCAUUAAAUGAAAUUGCUUUCAAGCAAAAAGAUUUGAAGAAAAAGUUAAAAGUUACUUUCGCUGGAGAACCCGGACUCGACAUGGGUGGUUUAACAAAGGAAUGGUUUUUACUAUUAAUUCGUGAAAUAUUUCAUGCCAAUUACGGAAUGUUUGUGUACUAUUCACAUUCGCGGUGCUAUUGGUUCAGCACUGGACAAACAGAUAACAAAAACCUUCGAGAAUACAAUCUAAUCGGUGUACUGAUGGGCUUGGCUGUGUAUAAUUCCAUUAUACUGGAUUUAAGUUUUCCAGGAAUUUGUUACAGGAAAUUAUUAUCGCCACCGGUGGUACCUGCAGACAAUGACAUCAAUGUAGGCGUUGUCGAAAACCCAACGUUAGAUGACUUGAACGAAAUUAUGCCGGAUGUAGCUAAUGGCUUAAAGCAUCUUUUAGAAUACGAAGGAAAUGUCGAAGAAGAUAUGGGACUUACAUUUCAGGUUUCACUAGAAGAACACGUAACACCAAAAACUUACAAGUUAAAACCUAAUGGAGAAAAUAUAUCAGUUACAAAUGAAAAUCGUCAGGAAUAUGUAAACUUGUAUUUGAACUGGGUACUUAAUUUAGCUAUUUAUGAACAAUUUCGUGCGUUUUACUUCGGAUUUCACAGUGUAUGCGCCUCGAACGCAUUAAUUAUGCUAAGACCUGAAGAAGUUGAGUUAUUAGUCUGUGGUACUGAAACAUUAGAUUUACACGAACUCCGUAAGGCUACAGAGUACGAUGGUUAUCGAUUCGAUGACAGCAUUAUUUGUCAAUUUUGGAAUGUCGUUGAAUCAUUAUCGGAUGAUCAAAAACGUAAAUUCUUACUUUUCGUAACCGGAAGCGAUCGUGUACCAGUUGGUGGUAUGGGAGAUAUGAAUUUCAAAAUAACCAGAGGUCCGAAGAGAUCUGAUUAUUUGCCCGAAGCACAUACUUGUUUUAAUCAAUUAGUAUUGCCACAAUAUUCAGAUCAUUAUCAGCUUAAAGAAAAAUUAGUGACGGCAAUACUAAAUAGUGAAGGAUUCGGAAUGGAAUAAAAAAUAGUAGCUUAACUUAAAUUCCUAUUUGUUUUUAACUAUACAAAGAAUAUAGGAUAGGUAACUAUUAUUAUACUGUUCAAUACGUUUUCUUACUAUAUAUGUGAUGAUUCUGGUCAACUAAUCCGUAAAUUAAACAAAUAUAUAGCAGUAGAUAAUUAUUAAAAUGAAAUUUAAUAUUAUGUGGAUUUU